AUGAUCAGCGUCCAGGCUGACGACAACGACCCCAAGGCCACGGGGCGUGAUGGGGGCCAGCAGAGCCAGUACAGCCUGUUCAAGCAGCACCUGAGGGACUUCCUGGUCAUGACCAAGUCGUUCGGCGACACGGCCGCCGGCACUUUUGAGGAGGAGGAGGCCGCCACCGCCGCCGCGCGCAAGCAGGCGCUCGCCGCCAUCCCCGGCAUGGUUGGACCCAAUGAGAUGCCCGAUGACGGCAUGGCUGACUCAUGA